AUGGAGAUGUAUGGGGUGUCAAUUCCCAAAAUGGAUUGGGAAAGCACGAACUUACCUCAAGCCUGGGAUAAGUUUCAAAGGGACACCGAACUAGUGUUCUCUGGGCCCCUAAAGAACAAAAGUGACGAAGAGAAAGCGUCGUACGUCCUUCUUUGGGUCGGAGACAAAGGAAGGGAUAUUCGCCAGACGUGGACGACAAUUAGCGAGACUGACGCUAAAAAGCCGGCAACGUUUUUUAAGAAAUUCAAGGAAUACGUCCAGCCGAAACUUAACCCGAUAUUUGCCAGGUUCAAGUUUAACAACAUAGUUCAAGGUGCUGACAAUUUUGAAUCAUUCGUUACAAAACUGAGAUUAGCGGCGACAGAUUGCCAGUUUACCAGCUCAGACGAAAUGAUUCGCGAUCGGAUCGUUUUUGGAAUUUCGUCGGCCAAACUGCGCGAGAAGCUUAUUAACGAAGGAGAGAAACUGUCGCUGGACAAAGCUGUUCAAAUAGCACAGAACUUUGAAUACGCCAGAGAGCAGAUGCGAACCAUGACGACGACUUCCGGCGAAGAAGCCCAUUCUUCAGCUGUAUACCAGGUGCGGCGGCACCCAAAUGAGCGAUACCGGAAGUACCAGCCAGAGAGACCAGCUGCGGCGUAUAAGCCGAGGGACGACAACAAAAACUGUGGUAAUUGUGGAAACAAACAUUCAAGGACAGCCAACUGCCCUGCAAAGGGAAAACAAUGCCAUGCGUAUAAAAAGUGGAACCACUUUGCACAAAUGUGUCGUACAAAUGAGGUGACCAAAAGGGUAAACGAACUGAGAGUGGAUUAUGAAUCAAGUUGUGAAUCAGACGACGAUGCAUUCUAUGUGGACACCGUGAAAACAGCAGGUAAGUUGGUUUCACAAGCCCAUGCCACUGUUAUCAUUGGCCCCGUCAAGAAACCUAUAAAGUUCAAAAUUGACACAGGCUCUAUGGUGAACAUUUUGCCUAACAAUGUUUACAGGCAGCUUAAAGUUCACGGCCCCUUAUCAAUAGCAUCACACAAGCUGACCUCUUACACUGGGGAUUCUCUGAAAGUACUCGGCACAGUAGACUUGCCAUGUGGCUACAAAGAGCACAUGGUAACAGCCACUUUUUACAUUGUAGAAACAAAUUCCCAACCUCUACUCUCGCUGACUACGUCUGUUGACUUAGAGCUCAUCAAACUGACAUACGCUGUCGAUAAAUCGUCCUCUAAACAUGACAUUGUGACAGAAUAUAAUGACAUUUUUCAAGGUGUUGGUCUCCUUCCAGGUAAAUGUCAAUUACACCUGCGAAAAGAUGCAAUUCCCGUAGUAAACGCUACUAGACGGGUACCGUAUGCAAUAAAAGACAAACUCAGACAGGAGUUAGAUCAAAUGGAACAAGAAUCGAUCAUUUGCAAGGUCACAGAGCCAACAGAAUGGGUCAAUUCUCUUGUUUGUGUAGAGAAACCCCAAACUGGCAAAUUACGCAUUUGUAUAGACCCUAAACACUUAAACGAAGCCCUACUGCGACCUCACUAUCCAAUGAGAACACUUGAAGAAGUGACCUCUGACAUCUCAGGUGCUCGCUACUUCUCUGUGUUGGAUGCCAAAUCAGGUUACUGGAGUAUCGAGUUGACAGAAGAGUCUUCAUACAUGUGCACAUUUGGCAGUCCAUUCGGACGGUAUAGAUUUCUUAGACUUCCUUUUGGAAUCAAAUCAAGUCAAGACGAAUUCCAAAGACGAAUGGACGAGUGUUUAGAGGGUCUCACUGGUGUAAAAUGCAUUGUUGAUGACAUUCUUGUUCAUGGAAAAACGCUAGAGGAACAUGACACUAACUUACGCAACGUACUAGGACGAUGUAGAGAAACGGGCAUUCGACUCAAUCCUGACAAAUCCAAAAUCGGACUGACGAAGUCCCGUACUUUGGUCAUAUUCUUACAUCCGACGGACUCAAACCAGACCCUGACAAAGUGGCAUCCAUCCUACAAAUGA